UCCAACCACUGCUGGCACAUAGUAGCAAAGUCCAGGAACUAAGACUGGCAACAAGAAAUGCUCAUCCCUUCAAGGGUCACACGGUCUAAAUCAGCUCUUAAAGCAAAUCAUUUUUUGUUGUUUUGUUUUGCAUUUAAGGACACUGAGCUGACCCACUGAAACUUGCAGAGUUAACUACAGAUCUUCAAGACACUGGAUGAAUGGAGAGAUAAACAUGGCAUUCCUCUGGAUCUCCUUGCUAGUUUUCCUGGGCUCAGGUUCUGGAUGUUAUCAUCCUAUCUGCCACUGUUUUGAUGGGGUUUUCAUCUGCCAAGAAAGCAAAGUGACCGAGAUUCCUUCAGACAUUCCUCGCAACGCUGUUGAAUUGAGGUUUGUCCUCACCAAACUUCAAGUCAUUCCAAGAGGAGCAUUCUCAGGAUUUGGGGACCUGGAGAAAAUAGAAAUCUCUCAAAAUGAUGCUUUGGAAGUAAUAGAAGCUGAUGUAUUCUCCAACUUACCAAAGUUACAUGAAAUAAGAAUUGAAAAAGCCAAUAACCUGGUGCUCAUUGACCCUCAGGCCUUCUGGAAUCUCCCGAGCCUCCGAUACCUGUUAAUAUCUAAUACUGGUAUUAAGCGUUUGCCUGCUGUUUAUAAGAUCCAAUCUCUCCAAAAGGUUUUACUAGACAUCCAAGAUAACAUCAAUAUCCGAACAAUUGAAAGAAAUUCGUUUGCAGGACUAAGUUCUGAAAGUGUGAUCCUAUGGUUGAAUAAGAAUGGAAUUCAAAAGAUACAGAACCAGGCGUUCAAUGGAACCCAACUGGAUGAGCUGAACCUAAGUGAUAAUAGUAACCUGGAAGACUUGCCUAAUGACAUUUUCCAAGGAGCCAAUGGACCAGUCAUUCUGGAUAUCUCCAGAACAAGGAUCCAUUCCCUUCCCACUGAUGGCUUGAGAAAUCUUAAGAAACUAAGAGCCAGGUCAGCUUACAACUUUAAAACUCUCCCCAAUUUGGAAAAUUUUGCUGAGCUAGUGGAAGCCAACCUCACCUACCCCAGCCACUGUUGUGCCUUUGCAAACUGGAGACGGCAAGCCUUUGAGUUACAUCCAAUUUGCAAUAAAUCUUCUGUAAGACAAGACGGUGAUGAUUUGGCUAUGGAUCAGGGUCAUGGAAGAAGAUCUGUGGAAGAAGAGUUUGUAUCAAGCCUUGACAAAGGAUUUGAAAUAACAGAAACUGAAUUUGACUAUGACUUAUGUAAUGAAGUGGUUGAUGUUGCUUGCUUUCCUAAGCCAGAUGCAUUUAACCCAUGUGAAGACAUCAUGGGAUACAACUUCCUCCGAGUCCUCAUCUGGUUCAUUAGUAUCCUGUCCAUCACUGGGAAUAUUGUGGUGCUUGUGAUCCUGAUCACCAGCCAGUACAAGCUCACUGUCCCCCGGUUUCUUAUGUGCAAUUUGGCUUUUGCUGACCUUUGCAUUGGUGUCUACCUACUGCUUAUUGCCUCAGUAGACAUUCACACCAAGAGUCAGUACCACAACUAUGCUAUUGAUUGGCAAACUGGUGCAGGCUGUGAAGCUGCAGGUUUCUUCACUGUUUUUGCCAGUGAGCUCUCAGUCUACACAUUGACAGCCAUCACCUUGGAGAGAUGGCACACCAUCACCUAUGCCAUGCAACUGGACCGCAAGGUGCGACUCCGUCAUGCUGCCAGCAUCAUGUUGAUAGGAUGGAUCUUUGCCUUCUCAGUUGCCCUCUUGCCCAUUUUUGGUAUUAGUAGCUACAUGAAGGUGAGCAUCUGCCUGCCCAUGGAUAUUGAUAGCCCCUUGUCACAGUUAUAUGUUAUAUCUCUUCUUGUUCUCAAUGUCUUGGCCUUCGUGGUGAUCUGUACUUGUUAUACCCACAUCUACUUCACUGUGAGGAACCCAAACAUCAUCUCCUCCACCAGUGAUACCAAGAUUGCCAAGCGUAUGGCCAUGCUAAUUUUCACUGACUUCCUCUGCAUGGCUCCCAUCUCCUUCUUUGCCAUCUCAGCUUCUGUGAAGAUGCCACUCAUUACUGUGUCCAAGUCAAAGAUACUUUUGGUUCUGUUCUAUCCCAUCAACUCCUGCGCCAAUCCCUUCCUGUAUGCUAUCUUCACCAAGACUUUUAGAAGGGAUUUCUUCAUUCUGAUGAGCAAGUUUGGCUGCUGUGAAAUUCAGGCUCAGAUUUAUAGGACAGAAACCUCUUCCACUGCACACAACUCCCAUCCAAGGAAUGGGCAAUGUCCUCCAAUGGCCAAAACCAACAGUGGAGUCAUUUAUACAUUUGUUCCUCUUAACCAUUUGUCCUAAAAUCCAGAACCAUUACAAAUGAGAAAAGAGCUGCACAUUUUGUUGGUGAUACUUAUACCUUGCAAUUGUAGAGAAUUUUAUAGUUUACAAAGUGCUUUUAAAAAACCCUGUCUUAGGGGGCAGCUGGGUUGCUCAGUGGAUUGAGAGCUAGCCCUAGAGAUGGGAGGUCCUAGGUUCAAAUCUGGCCUCAGAUACUUCCCAGCUGUGUGACCCUGGGCAAGUCACUUGACCCCCAUUGCCUAGCCCUUAUCACUCUUCUGCCUUGGAGCCAAUACACAGUAUUGACUCCAAGACAGAAGGUAAGGGUUUAAAAAAAAAAAACCCUGUCUUAUCUGGCCCUUGUGAUAAUCUAGCAAGAUAGACAAGGAGGAAUUAAUUUGAUUAGACAAAUGAGGAAUUGAAGAAGGAAGCAGCUUGCCCAAGGUCACAUGACUAAUAAGUAGAACUCAAGCCUCUUAACUCUCCAUUUAGUUCUUUCAAUUAUAUCAUUUCCUUUAUGCCUCAUAAAUUGGGAAAUAAGACUAGUAAAGUAAUAGAAUGGAAAAAUUAGGAAAACAAUUUCAGUCUCUUGAUUCCUCUAUUUACCAGUAUUCCUGCCCUAAUUUCUGUUCUCUCCCAACCCAGCCAAUCCCCACUCAUGUUUUCCUUAAUAUUUGAUCUUAGUGAAAUCCUUUCUGGCUCCUAAAGAGUAUCCUAAAAUAUGUCACUGCAUGUUUUGUCAUGGUCAGCCCAAAUUAAUUCUAAAAGAUCUAAUACAGGAGUUGAUCAUCUUUCUUAUCAACAUGAACUCCUUUGGUACUUUGGCCAAGUCAAUGGACCUCUAUUCAGAAUAAUGUUUUUUUAAAAAAACACAAAAUGAAAUACACAGAAUUACAAUGGAAAUCAACUAUAUUGAAAUACAGUUAUAAAAAUAUUGGGGGGAAAGUUCAUAGACCCCAGGUUAAGACCCAUGGUCUAGUAUUUUCUCUCAUUUAAUUUUCUCUCAUAUAUCUCAUUAAACUCUUUCCUUUCCUUACAACUUUGUUAAAUUUCUUCAGUUCUAUAUAUAGAGUUCAAAUUAAUAGAUCUAUGCCCCUUUCCAAUAUCUUGGGAUAACAAAGUUGAAAUUCUGGACAUUAAAACAAAUGGGGGGAAAUGAGAAAAAAUAAGGAAUUAGAACAAUUUAUGAUAUGCCAUUUGUAAAAGAUGAGAUUAUUCUCAAAUAAGAGAAUAAUUCAGAAUUUUUGAAUGUUUAUCCAUGUUUCAAGAAGAAGCAAUUCCAGAUUAUGGUCAAAAACAAAAUUGGAAUUCAAUUUAUCCAGGAAGCUUCACUACAAAGGGUCAUCACCCAAAACCAAUGAUAUUCCCUUACUAGAUGGUGAGGUUAUCUUGAGACCUUGAACAUAUUGAACUCAGAGUCUCUGGAUGUUCAUCCUAUGGAUGUUCAGCAGGAAUAAGUCUCUGCCUCAAGCAAGACCUUUUAUUUUCUGAUUUAGGAGGCUGUCAAAGAUGAAGAAGUGAAAUUAAUUUGAUUAGGCUUUUGUACAGAUCAUGUUCAAGGCAAUGUUGUUAAUGUGAAGAUGUGUAAAAGGUCCAGGGUUUUAAAGGAAUUGUGGUUUGUAUGUAGUAUGGUACGAAAGAGGGGCGUUAGAACAAAGGCAGAUGCUUACAGGUUUACCCUCAAAAAAGUAACUGUGCUAUUAAAUAAACAAGAUUAUGAUUCAAUCACCAAGGCAAAAAAAGAAACUGUGCUGGAAUUUAUGUUUGAUUCUUUUCAUCAAGAAAGUAUUAUCCUAUUUCCUACAUUCAUUACUAACAACAAAGAACAGCAUGUAAUGAGAGACAGAAAUUUGUGUGACCAGUUCCCAAACUUCCCUUAUUCAUGUUCAGUCCUCAUCCUACAGCUUGUAACUAGUCAUUUUUUUAGCAUUCAUAAUCUACUUUUUUCUGUAACAGGGUUCAAAACACCAAAAGUCAUCACUUAAUUUAAUUGAGGUUUUUAGGAGGUCAUUAAAAUGCCUAAAACAUAGACAAGAUUAUAACAAACAAGGAGAGGAAGGGGCAAAGAAGGAAAAGAGAGAAUGUAGGAAAAAAUAAGGUAUUUGCAAAGCACUAUCAUAAGAUCUGAAGCUGGAAAGAACCUUAGACAUCAUCUUCUAUAAUGUAAUUUCAGAAUAAGGUAAUCUCUAGAUUUAGUUCUAAAUCCUUUGAUUGGCCUAUAUGUGACUUGGCCAAAAUCAUGUAGGCACUGUGGUACUAGAUCAGCGGGAAGGAGGAAGAAGACACAUUAAAGAAGAGGUGGUAGAAGUGCUAGAAAAUGUGCAUGUGAAGAGAUAAGGAGGGAGAGAAUAACUAAGGUCUUGAGCAAUACAGGUUGUCAACCCUUUCCUUCAAUUUUAUUCACUCAAAAAUUAUUUUAUUAAAAAUCCUACUAUGUACAAGGCAACAUCAAGGAUUGUCUUAGGAGUUAGGAAGACCUGGGUUUGCAGCCUGCAAAUGACACUUUCUGGCUAUGUAAUGCUAAGCAAGUCAUUUGACCUCUCAGUGGCUCAAGUGUCUUCUAGGACUAUAAAUUAUAGAGCAUGUGCUACUCUAAAUUGUUAGAUGUUUCCUCCAUAAACCAGUGAAAUCAUAAAUUUGGUCCCCAUCUACCUUUCCCAUAUUCAUCCCAAAAUGUGCGAGGGAAUGGCAAGUAAAAGGACAAAACUAAAACAAUACCUGCCUUAAAUAGUUUUUAUUCUACCAGAGAAAUACAACUUCAUAAAUAAGUAAAUUAAAAGUAUAUACAUAAAAGUCUCAAAAAAAGAAUACUACAUAUUCAUAAAAUCCAACUGGAUAUCUCUACCAUCAAAUUAAAUAAUAUUCAAAUUAAGAAUGAUUAAGACCUUUCUGUCCUCCCAGAGCUUUUUAAUUUAUUUUGAAGGAAAAAUUAUGGAAAGAAUGGGGAAAUGAAUAGGAAAAGAUGCAGAAGAUUAUAUCAUCACCUAAAUCCACACAGCCAAAAACACCCUUCCACACAUACACUCUGCAUGGAACUGUCCAAGAAUAAUGAUUUUUCCAAGACCACAGUUCAUUGCCACAUAGAGAUUCCCACCAAUAAGCAUUGCCUUAGCCUCUGUAUCUUCGAAUCAAUUCUUCUCUAGAAGGUAUACAUUGGAAAAGAACACCAAAUCCCACUAUUCCUUUCUAUUUUCUCUUAAAGAAUUAUCCAAUUCCUUCUCUCUGUCCAUAUUUUUCAUAAGUCCAAUAAAUAAGAAUGAAAAUCGUUGCUCUCACUUUUUUGUAUUUCCCAUAUAAAGAAGACAGAGGAAAUAAUGAAAAUGGUCCUGGAUUUUAAAGUGGCAUAAUGGAAAGGGAACCAGAUAUAAAAAUGGAAAACAAAAAAAUAAAAAUAACUUUCAAUCCUGUGCAGUGCUCCUGCCCUACAAUUUUGAAGUAAUUGUGGCAGGGAAGUGAAAAAGAGACAAGGGGUGUUGAGAAUCACUGAGUUUCUAGGCUCAACAUGGAAUAGUAGAUAAGACUGCAAAGUAUGGAAUUAUGAAGACUUGGUUGGCUUCAAAUCCCAUUUCCUCCUCAGUUUCUUCAUCUGUAAAAUGAGUGAGUUAUUUUUUUAAACCAUUCCCUUUUGUCUUUGAAUGAAUACUACCCAUUGUUUCUAAGGCAGAAGAUCAGUGAGAGCUAGGCAAUUGGGAUUAAAGUGACUUGCCUGGGGUCAAACAGCUAGGAAGUGCCUGCAUCCAGACUUGAACCCUGGAGGCUCCAAUCUCUAGGUUUGGCUCUCAAUCCACUGAGCCACCUAGUUGCUCCCAUGUAGGUUAUUCUUAAUGGCCUCUAAUAUCACUUCCAGUUCUAAAUCUAUGAUAAUAUGAUCUGAAAUAAAUGUUAGUAUUUAAGAGUCUAAAUCCUUGUUAAAUGUACAAGUCAAUACAGCUCUGGAAGAAAAAUUUUUUAUUAAUAUGACAUUCUUACUAUAAAUGAGACUAGCAGAUAUGAGGAGGCUGCAGCUGAAUGGAAAGAUGGCUCACAGUUCCUCAUCUUAAGGAAUCCAAAUAAAUUAAUUGGUAGGAUUUGAUUUUAUUGUCCCUCUAAAGUAAACAAAAUACAUAAUUUCUGGGAAUUCUGGUCAUCUUACACUAUAGUGCUCAGGAUAUGCACAAGCAAAAGGUCUACAGUAAAAAUAACUGAAGUUUAUACAUGAAACAUGGGAUGAGGAGAAGGUAAAGAAAAUCUAUGAAACACUCUAUAAGAUUCUCCAAACUAAACCUCCAUAGAUUUUAUUGCUUAGUGGCUUCAGUGUAAAAGUGGGCCUGGGAAGGACAGUGACAUAUAUAUUGGAAAAUAUGAUUCAGGUCUGUUAAUUAAAUAUUUCCAAGGCUUCUAGAAUUCACAGAAGCCUUAUGCCAAUCUAUAAGAAACAUUUUCUUCAAGGAAAGAAACAGAAGCUUGACAUAAGUGUGGAAUAAUAUUAACCAAAAAAAGAGGAAUUGACUAUAUCACAAGAGAAAGGAUGUAAAUAGUUGCUGAUGUAAAAAUCACUUCUAAAUCAAGUAUUUGUAUAAUACCAUCAUUCUUUUAAAGCAAAAAAUAAAAAUAAGUCUCCACACAACUAAAACUAGACUUGAGCAAUUGGAAAAACAUUAACUUCUCAUGGGUAGGACGAGCCAAUAUAGUAAAAAUGAACAUCCUACCCAAACUUAUUUAUCUAUUUAGUGCCACACCCAUUGAACUUCCAAAAAAUUUCUUUACUGAUUUAGAAAAAACCAUAACAAAGUUCAUUUGGAAGAACAUAGGAUCAAGGAUAUCUAGGGAAAUAAUAAAAAAAAAAAAUACAAAGGAAGGGGGUCUUGCAGUCCCAGAUCUAAAACUAUAUUACAAAGCAGCAGUCAUCAAAACAAUUUGAUACUGGCUAAGAGACAGAAAGGAGGAUCAGUGGAAUAGAGUUGGGGCAAGUGAUCUCAGCAAGACAGUAUAUGAUAAACCCAAAGAUCCCAGCUUUUGGGACAAAAAUCCACUAUUCAAUAAAAAACUGCUGGGAAAAUUGGAAGACAGUAUGGGAUAAAUUAGGUUUGGAUCAAUACCUGACACCCUACACCAAGAUAAAUUCAAAAUGGGUGAAUGACUUGAACAUAAAGAAGGAAACUAUAAGUAAAUUAGGCAAACACAGAAUAGUAUACAUGUCAGACCUUUGGGAAGGGAAAGACAUUAAAACCAAGCAAGACAUAGAAAGAGUCACAAAACGUAAAAUAAAUAAUUUUGACUAGAUCAAAUUAAAAAGGUUUUGUACAAACAAAACCAAUGUAACUAAAAUCAGAAGGAAAGCAACAAAUUGGGGAACAAUCUUCAUAAAAACCUCUGACAAAGGUUUAAUUACUCAAAUUUACAAAGAGCUAAAUCAAUUGUACAAAAAAUCAAGCCAUUCUCCAAUUGAUAAAUGGGCAAGGGGCAAGAAUAGGCAAUUUUCAGAUAAAGAAAUCAAAACUACUAAUAAGCACAAGAAAAAGUGCUCUACAUCUCUUAUAAUCAGAGAGAUGCAAAUCAAAACAGUUCUGAGGUUUCACCUCACACCUAGCAGAUUGGCUAACAUGACAGCAGAGGAAAGUAGUGAAUGCUGGAGGGGAUGUGGCAAAGUAGGGACAUUAAUUCAUUGCUGGUGGAGUUGUGAAUUGAUCCAACAAUCUCGAGGGCAAUUUGGAACUAUGCCCAAAGGGUGACAAAAGACUAUCAGCCCUUUGUUCCAGCCAUAGCACUGCUGGGCUUGUACCCCAAAGAGAUAAUAAGGAAAAAGACUUGUACAAGAAUAUUCAUAGCUGCACUCUUUGUGGUGGCCAAAAAUUGGGAAAUGAGGGGAUGCCCUUCAAUUGGGGAAUGGCUGAACAAAUUGUGGUAUAUGUUGGUGAUGGAAUACUAUUGUGCAAAAAGGAAUAAUAAAGUGGAGGAAUUCCAUGGUAACUGGAUCAACCUCCAGGAAGUGAUGCAGAGCGAGAGGAGCAGACAAGAGAACAUUGUACACAGAGACUGAGACACUGUGGUACAAUCGAAUGUAAUGGACUUCUCCAUUAGUGGCAAUGCAAUGUCCCUGAACAAUCUGCAGGGUUCUACGAGAAAAACACUAUCCACAAGCAGAGGACAAACUGUGGGAGUAAAAACACCAAGGAAAAGCAACUGCUUGACUACAGGGGUUGAGGGGACAUGUUUGAGGAGAGACUCUAAAUGAGCACUCUAAUGCAAAUACCAACAACAUGGAACUGGGUUCGAAUCAAGAACACAUGUGAUACCCCAUGGAAUCAUGUGUCGGCUAU